UUUAAGAGAUAUUAACUAAGUCUCCUUCUCUAACUCGCGCUCUAUAGGGAGGGUGUUCGUAAAUACUCUAGAGAGCCACCUUAAAAGAAAGUAAACUAGAAUAUCUAGAGAACAAGGCUGCUUCAAUCUAAAUUUCUCAUGUAAACAUGUAGGACGAUCCAGAGAUGAAAUCACGAGGAGCGACUGAUUUAAGACACUUACAUGAAUCUAAGGCAAUGAAGAUGUUCUAGGUAUACAGCUAUAACAAAUUAACAGUAAGUUUGUACAACCUUGGUCUGAAUUGAUAGCAAUUCCACAGGAAAGUCUUCAGAUUAGUACCGAGAAAUUCACUUACCCUGACGGCAACUUUCACAGGAACCUCCCCCAUUUUAACAACUUAAAGAUAUUUCAGCAAUUUCCAUUUCCAACGUGAUGCUAUCAAAAAAAAUAUCUCCAUAGUAAUUUGGCAGUCAUUUCGCGGUCAAUCUUUUGACAGCCAUGUUUGUUUUCCUCGCUGGCUCAGGUGCUCAGCGGUAGUCUACAUGGCAUAUAUACGGAUUAUGGGUAACAAACAAGCAUGGCGGAUGUACAGACCAGAUUGUUUUAGGGUUUACUGUGUUUUUCGUGGUCCAUUUUCGUGUCAGGAAAGCAUCCCAAAUUGCAAUUGAUGCCCUAGCAAGUGUAGUGCUAUUUAAUCUGGUCAGUAAAAAAGGGACUGCACUGGGGAAAAGAGUUAAAUUAAUCUCGUCGGCAUCCGUCCAACUAGGGAUCUCGUCGGCUGGCCGGGGAACACGAGCGGAAAACCUCAAUGUGGGAGGUCAGCCACGUGUAGCAUUCUGCCUACCCAGAGGCAGCUAGCUGAAAUCGCCGGUAUGUCGAUGGAAAAUGACGGUGCCUCAACAAUGGAAGAUGAUGUUAAAGAAUACAACAACGCAGGAAGGUCUGCUGAAACAAGGGAGGAAGACCAAAAACCAUGCUCUGUUAAAAUGCAAUCUAGCCAAGAGGAGACCCAGUCAAGGCCACACUCAAGUACCCAAGAUGACAGAAUUAUAAUGCAUUCACUGUUGAAUGAAACUCUUGAAACCCAAAUUCUUAACACUGUGAGAGAUAUGCCACACCCUUGCACAUUGAGCGAUAUUUUCCACAAUGUCACCAAUACCAAUGAAAAAAGUGUAAUUGAGUGUAUCAACGAACUCGAGCGGGCAAGAAAGAUCACCAGAAUUCUUGACAUGCCUCCAAUGUGGGGAAUUGCCAACGCAACUGGAGAACUUCAGGAUAAAGUUGCUGGCGGGGAGACUGAGCAGACUCUGGUAGCAGACUAUGAAUCAGAUAAAGAUGAAGAGGAAUCACAAGAAGAGUUCACUGAUGGAAAUGAGAGUUUGCUUCGCCAAGAUAAAGACAAACGUCCAGAUGAGAGAAUAGAUGUAGUUGAUGGACAUAGAAAGCAAGAUCUAGCAGUACCAAACACAGAAAGCACCAAGUCAUCAGAAGAACCCUUGACGCUAGCAAAUCAGGCAAUGUCACCCAGUGAUCCUGGCGGUUGUGAACACACCUCUGGUCCAUCAAGCUUGCCUGAUUUGGCUGGUGAGGAGCCUGGCUCUAUAGGCUCGCAUAGACCCCCUGCAUCUUCUGUUCGUCAGAUUAAAUCCCUUCCAUCUACUACUCAUGGCAGGCUGGUCCAACCUAAUCCAGCUUCACAUGCACCACCUCCAAUCCCUGGGGGAUCUGUACGAUCAUCAGGAGGCCCACCUCCACCUCCCUCAGCUCACCUGUUCAGCGCCUUGAUGUCCCAGUGCACUAGAAAACCUUCCCCUGUGGUCAUGUCAGCGAGGCCUACCUUCUCACCUUCUUUCAGUUUAAACCAACAGUCUCCAAGGAUUGCAUCACCUCGUCCACUGAUGCAGUCAUUUGGUCCUCGACCGACCCGACCUCAGAUGUCAGCUCCAAGAUUGACCUCAGCUUCCUUGAUAGAUCGUGAAACAUUAGAUUGCGAUCCAACCAAGAUGAUGCCACCAUUGCUUGGUUCUGUUCGCCAAAAUGAUGUUCGACAAAACCAGAUUUCUAAAGCGGGGAAUCCUAAAGAAAUACCUGCAGCACCUUCAAAGAAGGAUGAAGCCGCAUUUGUCUCCAGCCAGUCAAGCAGGGCAAACUUUGAAGGACACAUGCAACUACAAACGAAUCAUUCUCGUCAUAAUACAUAUGGACCAACUCCAGCAGAUACAACCCAAUUGCCACAGGCAAGAGCUCCUUUCGUUGGUCAAGGUUCAUCUGGCAAUUCCUCCAAGCCGGGAAAUUCCAGGCUUCCACCCCCUCCUUCCGCACAUCUUUUCCAAAACCUGGUUAAUCGAGGUCCCCAAGCAGUGCCCACUUCCAGCAAGAGUCCUAUGGCCGUUAUACCUCAAAGAGCUUCAAGACUGAGUGAUCUUGAAACAAAAGUACUGGACUUUAUGAAGCGGGAAAGGAAAUCGUGUGAAACACUACGUCUGGCCCAACAGUUUGGUUUCCAUAGAAAGAAGGACAUCAAUCCAACUCUCUACAAACUGCAGACAUUAGGCUUGAUUUACAAAAUGCACGAUCAUCCUCCGACCUGGAAAGUGCGACAAGAAGUAAGCUCGCUGACUUUUCAAGGUUCAAAAGCAGCUGAAUCUGGUUGUAGUGAAUCUGCUCAGAAGAGACAUCACCCUGAUGCCGAUGAACAAGGACAAAUACACCUAGGCGUGAAGAGGCAUGCUGAACAGAGACAGUCUUCCACAUCACCUCCUAGAGCAGAGUCGAGUUUCUUUGAACCACCACGGCCUGCUCCUGCGAGCUACAUGUCCAGCCCACAGUUACCACCUGCAGCCCUAACUAUUUCCCCCAUGUCCAGCAACAACCUUCCAGAUGUACUCUCCAGUGUUGCUUAUGCCGCCAUCAACAAGAAUCCCGUCAGUGCUCUCAACGAGUAUGUGCAGAAAAACAAGAUGGAGCUGACAUUUCAGACCGUCAGCCAAGGCCGUGCCUUCGCGAUUGCCGCUAAGAUCAAUGGAAAGCUAUUCCCUGCAGCAGAAGCACGAAACAUGAAAGAUGCCAGACGCGAGGCAGCGGAUGUCGCACUGAGGACAUUGCUUGGCGGGAGUGCAAAUUUGGGUGCUGAGGAGGGGUCGCCCUUGAACAUUACUGACCCCCCUGCAAGCGUUUUGAGCAAAGUCCGCACACACUUCGAUCUCAUAGCUGCACUUUCACAUCACACAUUUCUGCAAAUCGCGGCGUCAAUUUCCGAUAAGUUCGCUGGGAGGAAGGUCGUGGCGUGUAUCAUCAUGAAAACAGGCGCUGACCACUCUGGUCGAGUGGUUGCCGUGGGGACUGGUAACCGAUGCGUGACAGGUAAGCGUUUGAGCAUGGAAGGAAAGGCAGUAAAUGACUCUCACGCCGAAAUAGUGGCUCGGAGAUCUCUUUUGAGAUUCUUCUACGGACAACUAAGCAGUUAUUACGAUGGGAAAGAAUCCAUUUUCGCACUGAGCAAAGGCUCUCGGAGGCUCGUUGUCCGUGAGGAUGUGUCAUUUCAUCUAUACAUCAGUACAGCUCCUUGCGGAGAUGGUGCUUUGUUUACGCCCCGUGAGGAACCCAACACGGACAUGUCAGAGCACUCAACAGAGCACAAUCCUACAUUCACUACCAAGCAACAGGGCAUCUUACGAACAAAGAUUGAAGAUGGUGAGGGCACUAUUCCAAUUGACCCCUCCGACAGAAUUCAAACAUGGGACGGGCUCUUACGUGGAAACAAAUUGCGCACCAUGUCGUGCAGUGAUAAAAUAUGCCGCUGGAAUGCCCUUGGACUUCAAGGCGCUCUCCUGAGUCACUUUAUUGAUCCCGUUUACUUGGCAUCGCUCACUCUGGGCUACUUGUAUGAUCACGGUCAUCUUUCACGUGCAGUUUGCUGUCGCCUUCAGCACAACAAUAACCUCGACACCCAGCUGCCAGCCCCAUAUCACGUGAACCACCCGUGGCUUGGUCGUGUUACGGCAUACGAGCCUCCACGCGAGACAGAAAAGACCAACAACCUCAGCGUCAAUUGGUCCAUUGGAGACACGUGCACUGAAGUGACUGAUGGGCGUACGGGAGCGUGUAUGACACGAACACAGAACAGUCCCACGCCCUCGCGUAUCUGCAAGGCCGCGCUUUAUGCGUCGUUCAAGGAGAUUGGUGCCAAAGCUGGCCGUCCAGAACUCGUGGAUGUUGAAACUUAUCGCGACGCUAAGAAGAUGGCCACCGAUUUCCAAGAAGCCAAACAGAAACUGUACGAUCAUUUUAGAUCCUCGAGGUACGGUCCGUGGGUUAGUAAACCGAUGGAACAGGAAAUGUUCUAACUGAUUAAAAAAAUGUCCUCUCACAAAACAUUUUCUCGAUGAGAAGUACAGAACGCCAAUAAUGUCGGCAACCAAUUUGUUUUUAAGGGAUAAAAACCUUACCCGAGCACACAGAUAAUCGAGUUCGUCAGAGAACUGACUGGGAUUUAAUUUAUCGUGAAAACACUACUCUAUAAACAAUACUACGUUUGCUCAAGUUAAUAAGCUGUAAAACCAGCUGUACAGUGUAUAUUUCCGUUUAUCAUAACCAAGAGUAGUACAGCACAAGUUUCAGAGACUUGAAAGACGUUUUAAAGUUGCAAUAAGAAUUUUUUUUGUACGUGUUAAAAUGGUACUUUCUUUCGUUCGCGUUUAGCUCCAAAAUACGCGGAACUUGGUCAGUUCACGUUUUUGUUUUGUACUUCCUGGAGGACGUGAAUAUCAAUAUAUUCGAUUUGUAACUGAACGCCGUCUUUGACAUCUUUAAAUGUUUUCCCGAGGAUAGAACA